GUUAUCUGUGAAAUCAAAAGUCACUCAAAUUAAAAACGCAAUUCGCGCCAAGUUUGCCGUGUUUAUAAGUUUACAAUUGAAGAUUUUGAUUUUAAGUGAACAUAUUAGCCCUCAUUUUUCAACACAAAGUCAGGAUAAACAUUUUAUUUUAUUUUUAUGAUUGUAGUGAAUAGCGUAAGCAAAUUAUGAGUUACAAAUUAUCAGAAGGGGCCCUGGAGGUCAUAAUGAAUGGCGGUCAUUAUGAUAAACCGGUAAUGCAGAUACUCGGCAAUAAAAAGAUUCAGGGUAGUGGCGCUAACGAGAGAUUCAGAUUACUAGUAUCGGAUGGCAAACAUUCUUUGAGCUUCGCUAUGCUCGCGACACAAUUGAACGACAAACUGAAAACCGGAGAAUUGUCAGACUACUCAGUUGUUCAAGUAGACCGCUUUAUCACUUCAGUAAUAAAGCCUAAUGCAGAAAAGAGGGUUAUGAUAUUGCUAGAAAUCACAAUCUUAGCACCUGGAUCAGAAGUUGGUAAGAAGCUGGGUAAUCCUCAAACAUGGUCAGAGGACUCUGCACAAGCGCCAGUACCAGCAACAAUGACACCAGCACCUAAAGCAAACCCAAGGCCACCUCCCGCAGUCAAACCUACUUUCAACCCACAGCUAGACUCCAGUAUGCUAUCAUCACAAAUGACACAUCCAAUAGCAAGUCUUAGUCCAUACCAAAAUAAAUGGGUUAUAAAAGCUCGUGUGAUGAACAAGUCAGGGAUUCGCACAUGGAGCAAUGCUCGUGGUGAAGGAAAACUGUUCAGUAUGGACUUGUGCGAUGACAGUGGAGAAAUUAGAGCUACCGCAUUCAAAAAUGAAUGUGAUAAAUUUUACGAUAUGAUUGAGGUUGAUAAAGUAUACUACAUAAGCAGAUGUAUUCUGAAGGCGGCAAACAAACAAUUUACCAGUUUGAAGAAUGAUUAUGAGAUGACAUUCACCGCGGAUACGGUUGUCUCUGAAUGUAUGGAGGAUGCAUCAACGGUCCCCUCUGUGAAGUUUGAUUUUGUUCCGAUCAGUGAAAUAGCCAACAAGAGUCCUGAUUCAUUGCUAGAUAUGAUUGGAGUAUGUAAGAGUGCAGCUGAUGUGCAAGAAUUAACAGCUAAAAGUACAGGCAAGUUGCUAAAGAAACGCGAAGUGACGCUUGUCGACUCAUCAGGUGGUGCGAUUACUCUUACAUUGUGGGGCAAUGAAGCUGAGAAAUUUGAUGGUAGUACAAAUCCAGUAAUUGCUGCUAAGGGUGCUCGUCUAACAGAGUUCAACGGCAGCAAAUCCCUCUCCUGUCUCUCCAGUACUAUGGUACGCCUCAACCCUGACUUGCCGGAGACGCACAGACUGCGCGGCUGGUACGACAACGGCGGUGCUGACUGCGACAUAGUCAAUAUCUCCGCCAGGAGCGGAGCAUACGGUGGCGGCAGCGGGGAAUGGGUGACGUUCGCGGAGGCGGAGGCGCGGCAGCUGGGCGCCGGCGAGCGCGGGGACUACUACAGCCUGCUCGGAGCGCUCACGUUCACCUUCUCUGACAACGCGGUGUACAAAGCCUGUCCACAGGAGCAAUGCAACAAGAAACUGCUGGAUCAAGAGAACGGCUUGUACCGCUGCGAGAAGUGCAAUCGAGAGUACCCUAAUUAUAAAUACCGGCUUCUGCUAGGCGCGAACGUGUCUGACCCGACGGGCGACCAGCGCGUGACUGCGUUCAACGAGGCAGCAGAGAGCAUGCUCGGCAAGACGGCAGCUGAGAUCGGACAGAUGUUCGAGUACGACAAGGCCGCAUACAGCCAGCUCUUCGAGGAAGUCAAGUUUAAAACUUUCGUAUUCAAGUUCCGCACCAAGAUGGAGACCUACAGUGAUGAAGCUCGAUUAAAAACCACAGUAAUGAGCGCGACGCCAGUAGACUACAAAGACGCGAACGCACGACUCGUUAAAAGUAUCAAAGCUUUGAGCGGAGUCGAAGUGUGAAACAGAUUUCAUGUUAUUAUUGUCGAUUUCCAUUUAUUAUUACUGUUUUUUAAAAUAAGCCAAAAAAAUUAUGAAUAUUCACAGAUUAUGAUCUAAAUUUAUUGUGAUAAAAAUAUGUUUUUUCUAA